CUCUUGAUGGGGGCUGGGGUUGGGAGAGGUCAAGUUUGUCAUUACCCCUGUGUGAACCAGUUUUCUCCCCUUUCCUAUUGCCCCAUGUAUUGAAAAGGAGAUACUAUUUUUGCAGUAGAUAAUCUUUGCUGAGUUAAAUUUGGGCUUAACUUCUCUAGUCAUGGUUGUCCAGACUGACAAAGGGGAUGGGGAGCACUAGAUCAUGGAACCCAAAGCAGAGAGCAGCUAAGGUCACCUCUAAAGUCUCUGCAAAUCUCUGUACUACUACUUCCCAGUUGUUGACUAGCAUGGUGUGUUGGCUUGGGUUAAAGAACAAGACAAAGCAAGCCGGAAUCCUGAAGUUCCAGACAGAAAGUGGUCACUUUUGUGUAUGUACUGUCUGUGUGCUGUGGGAUAAAUUAAGGUUAUAUGUGACUGUGUUGAAAUUUAUAUGUGAUUAUGUGCAUAAAUGUAUGCACAUCAGUGUUUGUGUAUAAAUGUAUACUUGAGUUGUGUUUGACCUGUUUUUGACUGUGUUCUCAGGAGACCCUAGUUCCUAUCCCCAGCCAAUCAGAGAGAAAAAAGUAAGACUAAGGACUAACCCUGAGGGCAGUAAGGGGUUAUUGAGAACAUUAUGGCCUCAGCUACUUCCCUAACCACCUUGGAAGAUGAAGUCAAUUGCCCCAUCUGCCAAGACAUUCUGAGAGAACCUGUUACCAUUGACUGUGGCCACAACUUCUGUCGGGGAUGCCUUACACGCUACUGUGAAAUCCCUGGUCCUGGUCCUGGUGAGCAACCCACCUGCCCACUCUGCAAGGAUCCCUUCUGUCCUGGAGGACUCCGGCCUAACUGGCAACUGGCUAGUGUUGUGGAAAACAUCGAGAAGCUAAAGUUGGCACCUCCUUCAGGCCUGGAAGAGGACCUCUGUGAGGAACAUGAGGAAAAAAUUUACUUCUUCUGUGAAGAUGAUGAAAAGCAGUUGUGUGUGAAGUGCCGGGAAGCCCUGGAGCACAGGACCCACACUGUGCGUUUCCUGAAAGAUGCAGCCGAUCCUUACAGGGAACAAAUCCAUAGUUGUCUAGAAUCUUUGAAGAAUGAGAGAGAAAACAUUCAAGGAAUCCAGUCCAGGGGGGAUCAAAGAAUCCGGAUCUUAUUGACUCAAGUGGCCACCAAGAGAAAAAGGGUCAUCUCAGAAUUUGAGCAUAUGUGCCAGUUCCUGGAGAGGCAGCAGUACUUAAUUUUGACCCAGCUGGAAGAAUUGGAUGGAGACAUUUUGAAGCAGAAGAAUGAGUUUGAAUCCCUUGUCCAGAGUGAGAUCUCUCGUUUUAAUGCUUUGAUAUCAGAACUGGAGGAAAAACUCAAGCACCCAGAAAGAAAACUGCUGAAAGACAUCAGGAGUACCCUGUUCAGAUGUGAAACUAGGAAAUGUAAGAAACCAGAAGCUGUGUCACCUGACUUGGGGGAGAGGAUCCGGGAUUUCCCUCAACAGGCCUUGCAACUGCAGAGGGAAAUGAAGAUGUUUCUGGAAAAACUACUCUUUGAACUGGACUAUGAACCAGCUCAUAUCUUUUUAGACCCCCAGACGUCACAUCCCAAGCUCCUCCUAUCAGAAGAUCACCAGCGGGCCCAGUUUUCCUACAAAUGGCAGACCUCACCAGACAGUCCACAACGUUUUGACAGGGCCAUCUGUGUCCUAGCCCAAGUUGGAUUUGUGGGAGGGAGGCACACAUGGGUGGUAACUGUGGACCUGGCCUAUGGGGGUAGCUGUACCAUGGGUGUAGUGAGCCAGAAUGUCCGACGGAAAGGAGAACUCAGGCUUAGGCCAGAGGAAGGGAUAUGGGCACUGCGACUGGCUUGGGGUUUUGUUUCAGCCUUGGGCUCCUUCCCUACCAGGCUGUCCUUGGAAGAGAAUCCCAAGCAAAUCCGUGUCUCCCUUGAUUAUGAGGUGGGCUGGGUGACAUUUAGCAAUGCUACCACUCAAGAGCCCAUCUAUACCUUCACUGCCUCUUUCACUGGGAAGAUCUUUCCUUUCUUUGGGCUCUGGGGUAGAGGAUCCAGUUUCUCCUUGAGCCCUUGAGAAGGAAAAGACCCUCUGGUGAGUGAGGUUGGGGUGAAAGGGGUCAAGAGUGUGUCACAUAUAAGCUUGGUCUUACACUUGUGAAGCAGGGAAGAUUGUGCUCCAGGUCACAAGUGAGUAGCAAAAGAGGAGUUUUAACCUUGCAAAUCUACUAGUGACUCCCAGACAGUUUCCAUUGUCCUUUCCAGAGAGGUUCAGGUUGUGGCUAUUCUCCCUCCUAAACCAAGCUAGAGAAUUUCAAAUCAUUCCCCCAAGCCUACCUGUGACAGGGCAGUCAGGAGUUUAGUGGUGCCAUCCUAUGUACCCAAUAGUCCCAGACCCCACUGAUUGCCAUUCUGGAUGGAGACAGCCUGAGAAGAAGAUAGGGCAAAGAACCUUGUCCAACAUUGAUGAGCUAACAUGAAACCAAAUGUUUUUGUCUGUCUUACCUGUCCUUUUACCUCUGUGUCAGAAUGACACAUCCGUUGGGGAUAUUUAUUCUCUCUCUUAUUUUCUCCCAUCCUUGAGCUACUUACCAUCUAAUGUUAAUGAAGGGAAAUAGUGAGAAGAGGAGAAUGAAUCAAAGAUGAUCAAGUGGUAGGAUAAGGGAAACCAUUUGUGGAAUCCUGAAUAUAGCAAGGGUUUGUGUUUUAAGAUUUAAGAUCCAGACAAUGAAUGGCAAAUGAAUCCAACUUUUUUUUUUUUUUUUUUUUUUUUUUUCCUAACCUGGACAGUAAGGGUUAUCCAAGGGGAAGGGAGGAAGAGAGAUGGAAAAAUUCAGAGUAGAAGAAGAUCAGCAGUGGGAAUAGGAUUGAGUGGAAGUAGUGAGAGAGAACUUUGAGAAAUGGGCUUCCUUAUGGGAUUCUGGAAAGGGGGUUGUAACCACAUGUGUAAUGUGUGCAGAGUAGUAGUGACUCCCAAAAAUCUGCUUCACUGUUAUUUAUGGGCUAACAUUUUACGGCAUGAGUUUAUAGGAAAUAGAAUAAUCAUUAGCUUUGUCAUCUUGAUUUCAAGAGGGAUUUGAGUUCUGUAGCAUAAGGAAGGAACUUCCCAGUUAGAAGAACUGAGGAAGUUAAGUGAUAUCUUUGCUUUCAGUGUACCCAUCUAUAGUGAUUUUACUAGGCUCUUAUCUAGAGAUGAAUAUACAUGAGAUGACCUAGCAAUAACAGAAUCUACCUCUGUGGAUAGUGAAGGUGGAUUCUGAUUAAUUUUGACUCUCUGUGGUCUACAAGUAGCUAGUCCUCUCAGUUCCUUCUUUCUAUUUAAAGUCAGUUCAUGUUUUGAUUUAUUUGUAGCAGAUUUUAUUUAUAUUAUUAUUUAUUUGUUUAACUGCCUUUAUUAAAGCAUUCACUCAUAUCGCAAACUGUAUAAAGCACUCUUUUACAGAGGAAACUGAGCUGUCUUGCCCAGUAAGUGUCGGAGGUCACAUUCAAACUCAGGUCUCCCUGAAUUCAGAUCUGGUGCUCAAUCCACUGAAUCACUUUGGACUAGAGUGGGAGAGGCCUAUGGAGGCUAGAGAUGGAGCAAUCAAUUAAGAGACUACAUGUAAUCUAGGAAGGAGGAAACAAGAUUAAACAAGGUUGAUGUUAAUGGCAAUAGAAAAGAGGGCAAGUGUUGAAAAGAUAGG